AUGCGCCAAAUAUGGAUCCAUGGAAGUUAUAUGAAAGCACUCGAGAAAGACCUGCUUCGAGAUGUGUUUGUAUUGCAAAACGCUAUCCUUGGUGAGACCUCCGAGGCUCAUGUUUCUGGCUUACGUGGAGACACGCAUCCGGGGUGGGGCUAUCAUUCACCAUUGACAUACUGGAACAGUUCUCUUGCUCGUCUGGAAGCAGAUCCAGAUAUCUUGCAAACCGUCAAUGAAGACUCAUGUCAGCCUUCCUUCCUGAACUUCACUCUACGCCCAUUAUCUGUGUUCGCAGGUAAAGCCUUUUCUGGCUCACAACUUGAGGCAGCGGAUGCACUCGUCAUCUCUCUCUUCAACCGCAACGACGACCCCAAAGGAGAGAUUUGGCAGAGAAACAUUAAGAUUGUCGCUAGCCAAUCAUCUGGUCUGCCUGUUCAAUACGAACGAGCCGGCACACCUGAACACAGCCAGUUGUUCGAGUACCGCAUCCAGCCUCUCAGCUUCCGUCAGAACUCGCUCUUGGCCAUGGCAUACGGCAUCAUUUUUAUCUAUGUCGGUUUGAGUUUACGAAGACUGAAAGCUUUCCACAGUCGUUUCGGUCUCGUGGUUACCGCUAUCACACAGAUGACGACCUCGAUUCUUGCGAGUUUUACCAUAUGCGGAUUACUGCAGAUAAACCUUGCUCAGAUUCCUCAGGAAGCCUAUCCUUUUGUGGUACUAGUCAUUGGACUUGAAAAUAUCUUCAGAUUAAUCAAUGCCGUUGUGGCGUACCCACCAGAAAUGAUGAAUACACAGCGAAUUGCAAAUGGUAUGGCCGACAUUGGACACUCUUCCUUAGCUUCGGCAGCACAAAAUCUGCUUAUUCUAUGGUUACUUUCUCUUGUCGUAUCUCCAGGUGUUGCAGCAUUUUGUGCGUUUGCUGCUGUGGCGCUUCUUUUCGACUACUUCUUUCUGCUCACCUUNUUCCUUGCUGUGCUCAGUGUCGAUAUUCGGAGAUUGGAGCUGCAAGAUUCGAUCACUAGAAGCAGUACGCAACCGAAGCAAAAACCAAGACCAAGGCACUACCGUGCUCAUAGUCAUCAUCAUGCCCAUAGGUCCGAGAAACAUACAUGGAUUGACGCCCUGAUCCACGGCAGAGUACCUUUUUCGACGCGGAUGGCAGGAUCCGCAGUGACCAUCAGCUUUGUCAUGGCAUUAAAUUGGCAUCUUACAGCCCAUGGUCCUCGUACUUCGGCGUCUGGUGUGUUUCCAGGUCUAUUCGAGAAGCAAGCCUUGCCGAUCACUGCAUUUGACGGCACAUCACCACCACCCGCGAAUCAAAGCCGGCACCCUGCAACUUGGCUCCGCACACAAGACUAUGAGAAUGCCGUACACUUUAUGAAAGUCGUCAGGCCUGGAGGUUAUGGUUUUGUUGCCAAAAUCUACGACCCACUGAUCAUAACUCUUGGAGGUGCUGAUAGAAGUGGUAUCCUUCUUCGGAAGGAGACAUGGCUGCAUUCUCUUCGUGGAGUUGCCAUACAACACUUCUACCCGACCGCCAUUGCGGUCGUUUUCGUCGUCGCUUUUGUCACCGUCCUCAUGAAUUUCCUCUUGUGGGAUGACAGAGCUGAAGAUGCAGAGUACGAAAAUGGAGGAGACAAUCUUCCGUUGACAGUACAUGCGAUUGAGACCGGCCACAUGCUAGACGUCGUCAAGAUCACUGGAAGUCGGCAAGGUCAUAUGCUGUCCGUAGGACUAGACCGAACGAUCUCGAUUCUCUUGUUCAAGCCAGUCAGCAACUCUUACACGACGAUACAUCCAUCUCCAGCUCAGUGUAGGCAGAUAAAGUGGCCCAUACAUGCAUGCAGCAUCAGCGACAAAGGUGAUUGGAUGGCCAUUCUAGGAGAUGAUGGUCGAGUCUUGCUCGGAAGCUUGUCGAGAGGCGAGUUUACACACGACUUUGAGAUUGACAGCGAAGAGAAGCUGCCGCUCCUAUUUGAGUUUGUACCUUCUCCUUCGACACCUAACGGACAGGGUGUCUCAUUCGCUGUCGUCUCUGCCGACGGACGCUUGACGGAGUAUCACACCCACAACAACUCAAUUCAGACAUUCCGAGUUUCUGAAGGAGAGCUACUAGCUGCUUCUCUUAGUUUGGCACAACGCCAUCUUCCUAAGAUUAUACUAUUGCAUCCAGAUGGACACAUCUCGGCGUUGCAGAAAGCAUCUGGCAUCUGGAGCUUCAAAGAGAUGCCUCUAGGUUAUCCUCGCCCAUUGUCUGACAGAGCAGCCAGUGCAAACGAAUGUCUCCAUACCAUCGAUGAGGUCGAGGCAUCGUUGAUCUGUACGACCAACACCAUAACGUUACUGCACACGCCCAGCAUACGACAAUCUGGCUCGUUCAACAUCCCGAAUGUCAAGCCUAAUAGUGUGCGCGUGUUACAUACAGGCAGAAACCAGUGUCUCAGCUGCGGUGGCAUGACAGCCGAAAGCCUCUCCCUCGUGUUCACAGACAUCGAGACCAGAGAAUGCGUAGUACGUACUUAUGCAGCUCAGGGUGAGCCUUUCAAGCCUCUGGGACUCUUCACAGAAGACCUUGUCUGUAACUGCGCAGCGAAAUUCCACUGGGAGAAGAACGAGCACAAAUUGGCUGAUGCAGGGUCUUGGGAGUCCACGACAGAAGCUGUCGUAGGAUUGCGCAGAAAACCACAAAGUCCUCCUUCUUCACCUGUCAUCCGGACCAAAGACAGUGGUAGUCUCCUGCGCAGGAGGCGACGAGGUACUGGGGCUAGCUCGUCGUCUGGGGAUGAGAAUGAGCAAUGGGAAGCUUAUCUCUACUCGGCGUCUGGUGAGCUGCAUACGGUACCCAUCGACAUGUCUGGAGAGAACCAGCUGUAUGCGACUAGAGCUGGGCCAGCAUGUCAGCUUGGCUAUCGCUCUGUGGCCAUUGUGCUAGGCAGUACAGUAUAUGUUGUCAAGGUAUGGGACAACUGGGCAGAUAAGGGUGCCAAAGGGGUCUCAGAAGGAGGAUCACAGCCACUGCUGCCACGAAGAAGAUGGACCAGAAAGGCACAAUGA